AUUCUUGCGUUUUACUUGUAGAGAGAAGUGGUGUUUCUUCAAUUGCACACUAGCAGCUGCGCCUGCACUAGGGAAAUCUUUGUCUGUUUCCAUAAUCGCCGCAGGUGUGAUUUCUCGCAUCCGUCAAGAUGCCUAGUACCGAGCAAGUCAAGGAACAGGCGCACCAUGUGACGGAGAAAAUCCGUGAGCAUUCUCCAAACCAGAGCCAGGUCAUCGGAUUGGUCACGAUCAUCACAGCAAUUCUACUGUUGCUGACAAUCGGAGGUCUGCUUCUCGGCGGAGCAGCAAUCGUGGUGACGCUGGUGACUCCUGUUUUGGUAUUCUUCAGUCCAAUCUUGAUACCUCUAGCGACGAUAUUCUUCCUCAGUACUGCAGGAAUUGUGUCAGCAGGCGGCUUUGGUCUCGCUGCAUAUUCCGCCUCCCGCUGGUUGUACGAGUACGUCAAAGGCCGUCAUCCCGUAGGCUCAGACAGAGUGGAUGCGGCGAAGAGUCGACUGGUGGAUACAGCUUCACAUUUGAAAGAACGAGCAAGUGGCUAUGUCCACGGCGUGCAGGAGAGUGCUCAGCAUGCCAAGGACCGAACAGUUGACGCUGCAACAACAUGAAAAACAAAGUUACCUCGAAGUCUGCUAUAGAAGAUUAUAGAAUCCAUUAUCAUGAAUUUGCUGUUGUUACAAGUUUACGACCUAAGAUGUCUUGUGCACAAGCUAAUGAGGAUGAUGAGAGUCAGACGAAAGUAUGAAGCUGGUAUCUGCCAUGCUUUACAUUCUGAGCUAGAAUUCUGCUGAGUAUGGCAUUAUGGGAGUCUUUCGAUUGAAUCAAACCUGAUUUGCCAUAUCACGGCACACAUAUCGCUACUCAAGAAACAGCUGUAUGCGAGUGUGGUUUUUUUUUUCACCUUUUUUUCUUUUCUUAGCUUUUGUUGGUCCAAUAAACUCGUGGGUAAAGGGCAUGCACGAAAGUUUGUGUCUAGACGUCCUCACUGCCUGGCUUCCUGCCAGCUGGAUGCUGUCAAAGAUGUAUAUUUCAUAUUGUCUUUUAACCUUGCGACAUCAAGAUAAAUGAUUACAAG